AUGACAAAUUCGAUUUCAAAAGGGUUAUUGUUUUUCGUAAGUCAACUCGCUUUUAUUCGAACCAUAUGUACAACGAAUNGUUUAGCGUGGGUUGUUAUCUUUCAAAUAAUUAGUCUGGAAAGUUGGGUUAAUAUUAUGUAUUAUAUACAAGAUGCUCAUUCAUUUUGGGAUUGGAUUUAUUUUGUCUUUCUAAUUAUUAUUGGAUCAUUUUUUAUGAUUAAUUUAUGUCUUGUUGUUAUUGCUACGCAGUUUAGUGAGACAAAAAAGCGUGAAACUGAACGUAUGCUUGCUGAACGUCGCCGAUUUUCCCGCUCGUCGAGCACAUUGUUGAGUGACGAGCCCGGUUCAUGUUGGGAGGAAACAAUCAAAUAUCUAGAACAUCUCUGGAAGCGCGGCUAUCGACACCUAGUUGCAUUCUGUCGAGCUUAUCAGCAAAAACAUGGCAAAGCUAAGAGAAAGAACCUAUUAGGAGAGAAAAAGCGUCUUCAAAGAGAGUUGUUAGCAUACAAUUCAUCUCAAUUACCGAAUCAUCAUUUCACACAUCAAGCUAAUUGUCCACUGUAUCAAUUUACAGAGAUACGAAAUAUCCCAACAUGUCCAUCAACAGCCUCAUCCAUAUCUCCGUAUUCAGUCGAAGCACCUGCUGCUAGUCCUGAAAUUUCCGAAAUUGUCGAUUCUGGUCACUCGCCGACUCCCCCCAACGAAAUACAAACGAACCCAUCGAAGCCACUCGUUCUCAAUUCUGUCACGCCAACAUUAGCACCACUGAAAUCAAGAUAUAAUUCAAAGAAAACGACUGAUGUCACAGAAAUUAUCUGUGCAGACGUGAAUAUAAUUCCCUCAGCAAAUAACAUCGUUGAACAUCUAUUACUUGAAACAUCCGAUAGGAAGGCGAAUAUUCAAUUUUGUGAAUGUCAACGUCAAGGCGAAAUCAGUGACAAUGACGAAGAUGAUGAUGAUGAUGAUGUUGAACAAGAAGAACAUAAAUGCAAAAAACCACCAUCAAAAAUUAGUCUUUGUCUUGAUCGAUAUAUCUUCUCCUAUUUUACAAAAUUUCGUCAUUUGAUCUCCGCUUUCGUUGCCAGUAAAUAUUUUCGUCGAAUCGUCCUCUCGGCGAUUGUUGUUAAUACAUUAUCCAUGGGUAUUGAAUAUCACGGUCAGCCAGCAUCGUUAACCAAUGCAUUGGAAUAUAGUAAUCUGGUAUUCACAUCACUCUUUGUGAUUGAGAUGGUCUGCAAAAUAAUUGCUGAUGGAUUUUUGAAAUAUAUCAAGAGUGCUUACAAUCUAUUCGAUGGAAUCAUCGUUGUAAUGAGUGUGGUUGAAUUACAAGGAAAUAAAAAUAGUGGUCUCUCAGUUCUACGUACAUUUCGUUUGUUACGUGUUUUGAAACUAGUGAGAUUUAUGCCAACAUUACGACGACAAUUGGUAAGACAAAAUGCGGAGUAUAAAUCAAGUUUUGAUGGAUUAUCUUCUUCAGGUUGUUAUGCUCAAAACGAUGGAUAA